AUGUCCAUUUUUCAAUCUUUACAACAUUAUUUUAUCUACAAAGUUAUAAUUGUCACUAUCGAUGACGAGGGUGUAAUCAAAGUUUUUCAAUACAAGACAACAAAAAACGAAACGCUGAAAUUAUCUGUCAUUCCCAAUUACUGUGGCAAAUCUAAUAUCAAAGCAAAUGAUAUAUUUUUAAGAAUGAAACCGAAGGAAAUUACUGAACUAAAUGUUGGAUACAUUAUUGAUGAGAUCUUUGUACAAAAUACGAAAAAAGGAUUACAUAUAGAAAUAAUUAACGAAAUAGCUGACAAUUUAAAUCUGAAAUUAAACUACAUACUGUCUGAAAAUGAAAAUGCUGGAUUUUUAUACGAAAAUGGUACCGCCUAUGGUAUGAUAUUAGAAUUAAAAGCUAAAAAAUUCGAUUUUAUAGUAUCACCUUAUAUUCGCUUUUCAUAUGAGUCAUACUAUCUGGAGCCAACAGAAAUGAUAAUAGGAGAUUCAAUAAAAUAUAUUAUAGGUAAAACUAUAAUAACAAACAAUUGGAAAAUGUUUUAUGGUUCAUUUUCUGUUACUGUCUGGAUAUUAUACCUAGUAAUUGCAGUAAUAGCGGGUUUAUUACAUUACUUAAUAAGAAAAUUAACAUUUCAACAUUACAAUUUUUCGAUAAUAAUGAGUAUAGUUCGAAUUAUGCUUGAAGGUCCUGCAUUGAUUAAGUUUAAUUCAUUUUCAUCUAAAGUUUUAUUCAUACAUUUCAUUUUUUACUGCGUGGUAAUAUCUACUAUAUACAAAUCUAAACUGUACUAUUUUAUGAAUACAGAUCAAUCAUAUCAGAGUAUAAAUACUCUGAAUGAUGUAAUGAAAAACGGAAUCAGAAUUUGCCUUGCUAGACAUUCGAUAACUUUCUUAGAAAAAUCAGAACACCCUUUUGCUAAAUAUGUGCUUACUAAUAAUCCACAAAUUGAAGAAGAUUUAAACAUUUGUUGGAAUCAAACAGCAUUUAGAAAAGAUAAAGUUAGUGAGAUCAACACAAUGUUGUUAAAAGUGCUAAUAGAAAGGUUCAUAGACUCUGAAGGCAGAUCAUUGGUGCACAUUUUGAAAAGAGACCAACAACAUUCUUUCUUCUUUAAUAUGUACUUUGCGAAAGGGCAUCCUUUAAUUGAUAUAUUUAACAAGAAAAUAUUGAUUCUAAAACAAAUUGGAUUCAUGAAUAAACUUUAUAAUGGCAUAGAUAGAGCAUAUAAAAAAUCUAAGGCACUAACAGCAAUUAGCAAGUCUCUUCAAGCUAAAAGUUUGACUAUAACUACUUUGAAAUCGACAUUUUGUAUCUACUUUAUUUGUAUAAUUUUAAGCAUAAUUGUAUUUAUUUUAGAAUUCACGCAUAUAAUCUAG